AUGGACGCCGGCCGGGGGGAAAUCAUCCGUCACCCCCAAUCCCAAGAGGCACGGGAAUCUCCCCGAUAUGGCAGCCGUGCCGAGCGUGCCGCGUCCCCAGUCUGCCCACAGAAACACGUUCGCGCCGAUCGAACCGCGGCGAUCCUGCACGCGCGUCCCUCCGACGAUGCACGCGACGAUCCCCGUGAAACAUCCACAGGCGCGUACCGUGUCUCUCGCACACCCGCUGCCGCCCCGCCGUGCCCGAGCAGCGGCGCCCGCGGCGCCCCAAGCGGACGCCCCUGGCACACAUUCGGGCGGCGACUGCCCUCACACGCGCGGGCGCGCAAAAAGAGGGCGCACACGAGGCUGCGUCACGCGCAGGAUCUGCGCGGGGAGGCCUGGCCUUGGCCUGCCGUCACCUGCUUGGCCAUGGCCAUAGCGGUCGCCGUGCGUGCAGCCUGCCCUGCCUCGCACCCGCCGAUUGCGGCUCAUCUCCGCCGGCGGCGACCUGCACUUAAUUCAGGCCCCGCGACCGCGCGACCCGAACUGUGGCGUCCGUCGUGA